GACCGGUUCUCCCAGGCCCGGGCCGUGGACCAGCUGGAGGCGGCUCUUCAGGACAGCAUCUGCCGAGGGCACUCGAGGGAGGCGAUCGCGGAGGCGUUCGUGAAGACGAUCUCCUCCGGCAGGCUGCAGGGCACCAUGACGAGCGACGAGAGCGAGCGCCGCAACAGGGCCCUGGCGGUGGCCGCCCGGCUGCUGCGCAAGGGAUCGAGGCCGCCCGCGCCCAGCGGCCCGCGUGUGGCGCUGCUGUCGCCCACGUCACCAGCCUCCAGGACGCCCCUGAACUCCCCCGCGGAUCGGCUGCGCUUGAAGGCAACCCUCGACACCAUGAUGCCCGAGGACCGAAAGAUGAAGGCGCUGGAGGAGCUGCGCGCCGCGCUCGGGGCCGGCUGCCUCUCCGUGGACGAGCUGUCAAACGCCAUCGAGCAGGCCCGCAUGGCGGACGUGGAGCCGAUGGUUAUGGCGAAGGCCGAGGACCGGCUCCGGCGGGAGGUCGGCAAGCAGCGGCUGGCCCUGGCGCUGGUCCAGGCCGCCGAGAGCCGCAUGAUCCAGAGCCUCAAGGCGUCGAUUCACGAGGCCAAAGAGCUUGGCCUCCGGCGGGGGGACUUCCCGGACGCCGGCGGUGUGGGCGUGCUCGACAGGGCGCAGCAGGUCCUCCGCGAGGAGGAGCAGGGCGCGCGGGCCGCGCUCUCCGAGGCCCUUAAGGAGCGCGGCAUGCUGAAGCUGAGGCGCGCGCUCGCUCAGGCCCGGGAGCUCGGGCUGCAGGACGACCCGCAGGCGCGCGCUGCGGAGCAGCGGCUGCAGGCCGCCGGGGAGCGCAAGCGCGGCCUGGCGCUGCUGAAGACCGGGAUGGCCUCCGAGCAGCCGGAGCUCCUGAAGGCCGCCAUCCACGAGUGCCGAAGGCUCGGCCCCGAGGCCGCGGUGGACCUGUCCAUGGCGCAGAAGCGGCUGGAGGUGCUCGAGCUGGCGGCGGAGGCGCGCCAGGAGCCGUCCCGGGAGCCCCCGCAGCCGAUGCUGGCCUGGAGGGAGAGGAGCAGGCAGAUGACCAGGCACCUGACCAGGCAGCUCCAGGACUCGGGCGGCCACGCGGCCCCCGCGGCCCUGGCGCAGAACUCGCCCACGCGGGCGCAGGCUCGCGCGCUCGCCGCGCUGCGCGCGGCCGUCGCCGCGGAGCCGAUGGAGCCGGAGAUGCUGCGGCUCGCCCUGGAGCAGGCGCGCGGUGCGCAGGCGGAGGGCGAGGAGGUGCGGAGGGCCGAGGAACUGCUGCUGCGGGAGCUGGGCAGGGAGGCCGGGCUGGAGGGUGUGAGGAAGGCCGUGGCCGAGCGGGACGUGCGGGCCCUCUCGGAGGCGAUCAGGACCUGCCACGACAUGGGCGUCCCGCGCGCCAAGCUUCUGACGGCCCUGAACCAGCUAAUCUCCGACCACUCGCAGAUAGCGCGCGUGGCAGGAGACCACGGGCUGGGCAGCCUGGUCCUGGCGGACAUGGAGCGCGAGCGGCGCGAACUGCAUGAAGCCAUCCUGGUGGGCGCGCAGAGCACCAGCGAUCAGCUGCCAGUGCAGAGGUCAGCUCGUGCGAGGGAGACGCAGAAGUGCUCGGGCCCCGCGGCGGCGGGCGCGGGCCCGCCGGCGGCCGGGGAGCUGCUGGAGCUGCGGAGCCCCGCGGCGGCAGCGGCCAGGCGGCAGGCGCCCAGCGCCUUGCGCCUCGCUGCCACCGACUCAGACCCCGCGCCGCUGCCGGGCGCGGCCGCUCUGCAGGGCCCCCGGGAAGCAGCGCCUGCGGCGGCGCCCGGCGCAGAGCGCGCGGGCCCCGCCCUGAAGCCCGCGGGCGGGCGCAAGGUAUUGUUUCGGCCACCGAGCACGACACAGCAGGAACGGAACUUCCUUUUCAGCAGGGUGUUCGGCGAGGACGGCACACAGGCCGACGUCUUCGGCUGCGCCCGGGGCCUGGUGCGCUCGGCGGUGGACGGGCAUAAUGCCCUCGUGCUCGCCCUGGGCCCCGUGGACUCGGGCAAGACGCACGCGAUGCUGGGGGAGGGGCUCGAGACCCGCGGCGUGAUCCCACGGGCGAUCGAGGAGCUCUUUGCCAUACGCGAGAGCGAGAGCUGGCGCGUGGACCUGGACGUGGACGUGCAGUUCGUGGAGAUCCGCGACAGCAGGAAGAUCGUCGACCUCCUCAGCAGUGGCACUGGGGAAGCUCAUGCACGAGAACCCAUGGUGCGGAUACAACGGCAUAUACUGGGAGCCGCUCCACUGGGACUUUCGUAUGGAGGUGGUGCCGGAGCGACCGAAGAGGUGGUGAUAGACAACGUGGCAACGCGCCAGGUGACGGAGGAGCAGGAGCUCCGGAGGAUCGUGCAGGACGGCUACGCGCGCUCGUUGCGAUCAGCCAGUGCACGGCAAUGCCACAGGGUGCUGAUCCUCAACCUGUCGCGCCUCAGCGUGGCCACUGGCGCCAUAACCAGUGGCAAGCUGGUGCUGGCAGAUCUCGCCGGCUGCGGGCGCUGCGCCGGCCCCGAAGCAGCGGCGUCCUACUCCGCGCUCCUCUCGGUGUUCUCGGCCCUGUCGCGGGGCGAGCGGCGCGUGCCCUACGAGGAGCACGCCCUGACGCAGGUGCUGCAG